AAGGAGAAAUGCCUGGUAUAAAUGAAGGACAAUGACCUAAUUGUCUGUAGAACCAUCAGUGCUACCUUCCUGGACAUUCUCUCAUGGUGAAUUAAGUUUGGAAUUUGCUGUACUAGUUGUUUUUUCACUUCCUCCACAAGAACGCCGCGCAUUAUGAAGGCGUUCAGUUGGAUUCCAUGGCUAUUGGCGAUAUGCAUUUGCCUGACAGAGGCAAGAUACAAGGUCAGAAGGCCUCUGCCUCCUCCACCACCUCCACCGCAGAUGUACAAAAAAUCAUGGCCCAUUGGGCACAGAGUGUCGAUGGGAAAUACCGUGCAUAUUAAUACUAAUAAUAAUUAUCCUCCCAAGAGACCUGUGUUUGGAAAACCUCAUAAUUUCAGAAGACCGAUGAGACCGGGUUACACCGCUCCUCCAUCUCCCUGGAAGAACCCGAUGCCCAUUCUAAGUGCAAUACCAAACAUUCCCCUCCACCCUCAACGUCAGCCCGUAAAAGAAUUCCAGCUGAUGAGCAAAGUACCUGAAUACAGUCCUGAGUACCGCCCUGAGCCCAUGGUGAUGCCACCCACUCACCGCGGUGGCCUGGACGAUGAUAAGGGUCCGAUUCACACGAUUCCAGCUCCAAAUCUAAGUCUCGCUGAUAAACCAUAUAACCCGAAUGAAGGGGAGGAGCAUGAGCACGAGGAUAACCGAAGAUUUCCCAACGACGGGGAGUACAAUAAUCAGGGGAAUAGGCCAGAUGAUCAUCGAAGAUUCCCGCAUGAUGGAGAAUACAAUCCUAAUGUCCAAGUGACAAAUUACGGAUACGGAACUCUGAUGACGAGUGUCUCGCCACAGAGACCCGUCACCUCCCCUACCCCGACUCAAAACGCCUAUGAAGUGACGGAAACCAACGAAAUCAAUUUUAAAGACUACCAGACAGCGGCACCAACCUUCUACACCCCUGACUUCGACCCCUCCAGGAUAUCAACCGGUACCAGUGACGUUCAAUCCAACGAACUGUACCUGAAUCAUCCUCAGAUCUCCAGGGCGAGCGUUGUCGGCACCAACAUUCAGUUCGGCCAAUCAAAUGUUCCUUUGCAGACGAAUUUACACAGUUCUCUUCAUGUUGGCUUCCCAGGGAGUGGUCAGGGUCAGCAACCGACCGGCCACGUCGUCUUUCCAGGUACUGGUCAGGGUCAGCAGCAGGACAUCCACAUGACCCAACAGCCUUCGGACAUUCGCCUUGCCCAGCAGGCGCCCGAUCUGCAUGUUGGACAUCCAGCAGCUGCUGGUCCCCCUCUAUCGGCUACCCAACUGUACGAUCUUCUAAAUAGCUUCCCUCAACCAGUCGAUGAACAGUAUGGAGGUGGACAGCAACCACAAUUGCAGCAACAUCUUCAACAGCAACUCGGACAACUGUUCCAGUCCGGAGUGAACCCCACGACGUUUUCUCAGCCUCAAAUGCACUCUUUUAAUUAUGAUGAGCAAGCAAACAAGCAAUUGAGGAAGCAACAACAACAGCAGUUACAGCAACAGGUGCUUGUUGGACAGGAUUACGCAUCGGGUAGAGUAACAGCUGGCUACAAUCUUCAACCAGAACAGGCCCUGGACGUUCGGAGCAACCCGAACGUCAAUCAAGACUCUUUAGCAUACCAGCAUCCUGAGCCCUCGGCUCAAGCCGAAAACAACAUCGAGUACGAUACAGCGGUUGCAGCUACGAGCCACAUUCAGAACAACUACUUUAGUUCUACUGGAAAUGACGACAGUGCAGGCACUUCUUUUUAUACAACCCUGCCUAAUAGGGAAGCUGCCGAGAAGCUUGCGGCUCUCGCUGCCGCUGGCAACGUCAAUAGUCAGCUGAUGGGGCAUAUAAGGAAUCAGCAGAAGAAGCAGGAGAGCGAGGAAGCACAGGGGGAUGAACCACUACCCAGUAAUCACAGGACUGACUACCAAGUUAACGAAGAGCUUGAUGACGUCCCGCGGGAUGAGAAUCAGAGGGGAAGGUAUAGAUUCGGGUCGCAGAAGUAUUCCCACCGACAGCGAAUUAGACAACAACAAAUUAAACAGGAACAGGAAAAAGUAGAUAAGCAUUACGAAAAACAUCAAAUGAAAGAAGAAGAAGGAGACGAAGAUGAGAAAAAGCCCCUGAGAAUUAUGGUUCCUGAAGUGCAUGAGAAAAGCACUCAGGAGAAUACAAGCAUUGAAAAAUCGGUCGAAGAUUAUGACUACGACAGUAUCGAGCCAGAGGGCCCGAAAAGUACGACAUCAAACGACGAGAGUUACGAGACAGCAAGUUCUGAAUUUGGUACACGAAUCAGUGGAAAACAUGACGAGUAAAAAAACGAAUUAUUGACUCACUUCCCCAAUAACUCUCCAUUGUAUAUAGUAUUUUUUUUAUUUAUUAUUUGAUAUCUGGCAGAGGCGCGAGCUCGUCUCGUAACUGGAGCUUUAUUUAUUACACAUUAUUUAUUCUUAGGUUUAGGGAAAUUUGAAGUAUUGUUUCUGUAAACAAGUGACAAAAGAAAGUUAAUAAUCACAAAUUGAUUUUUUGAGUCACCUUCACAGUGUUGUUUUCAAUAAAAGAAAAUCACAAAAAAUGUUGAUUGGCGGACGAUUAUUUGACUGAAUGAGUAUUUCAACAAGUUGUCUGAAUGUCGCUCAA